AUGUCUCACCUAUCAGCGCAGAUGUUGGGCGAUGAUUCAGACGAUGACUGGGAUGAGGGCAAUGUUGCCGAUCCGAUCUCUAUCAUCUCAGGGCCCAAUGCCUCCAAGGGAGAUCUCAUGGACGCACUCAAAGCAAUGCAACUUGAAAUUCAGCAACUGCGUGAUGACAAUCGCACCCUCAAGGAGAACAACAAGGUUCUCGUCGCUGAGAAGCCCAAACGGAAACAAUGUGUAGAUGCUCCAGAUGCACUUGUUGCUCAUGAGCAAACUAUUUCAUUGUAUGCUCGUGAAUAUGGCAUGAUGGUGGAAAUGUUUCCAGACAGUGAACUUCUCAUGAAGAAGUGCCUGGAUUUGUGUACACCAUUCAACAGCAUUGAUCGUUACAAGACCUCGGCGACUCAAGAAUCUGCCUUCCUGGACGAACUCUAUACUCAUUUCCCUGAACGUAUCCACGACGCAGUAAUGGGAAGUAUGUACUUCAAAGACCUCGUCAAUAAGUGUAUCACUGACGCUCGUUCUAAUGAGAUCAAAAAACUGUGUGGCGUCGCUGGAGAUAUAUUCAACCUUCCAGGGAAGUACUUUGCCAAUGUUAAUUAUGACCGAGCCGGCAUCGCCGACAUCCAGAAGAUGCUCGGAGUCUCUGGCAAGACUCAGGCUUACAAGAUAUUUCCACCUCUCUUGUUCCCAGGUCUGCAAGAAGAUGCAACCCUCAAGACUGUCUUCGGCAAUUGGACACUUGUUGCUAAGUGGAGCUUCCAACAAGUCACACCAGGGUCUAUUGCGUGGGCUGCAGUUAUCGCUAUAUUUCUGCUCUCACCAGACACCGAGUUUCCAGGUUCGGGAGUUGGAAAAUCGUCAACUCUCAACUAUAAGGACCUCUUCUUUCAGUACAAGAAGUUACUCAUUGCGAAGUGGGGCACGAAACGGAUCAAGACUAUUGUCACCAAUAUCAACAACCAUGUUUUCGGUGGUGCAAAAAGAUUAUCUGACGAAAUUAACCGUGCCAUGCUGGCACUUGACAUGGAGACUGAUAGCGAAGAAGACACUCCACCACUCUCGUUGACGCCCUCAGCAGUGCAGGUCUUAUCAGCGCCCUCAGCGCCCUCAGCACCACCAGUCUUAUCAGCGCCACCAAUCUUAUCAGCACCUGAAGGUCCAAAUCUUGACAUUCAGCCUACAAAUAUGGAAGAAUCAGCAUCUCGUGCUGCCGUUCAUGCUAACAAUCAAUUGAAUACAAAUGUUGAGGCAGCUGCACCCAAUGAUGGAGAGGAAACUGAUGUGGUGUCAGGCUUAAGGGGACGAGGGAGGGGCAAGACUAGGGGGAAGAAGGCCACAACUCAGGGUCCUACUCGUCGUGGACGUUCUGGUGUGAAAGUCGCAUAG